AUGGCCGCCGUUCGCGCUGCCUGCUCGGCCGCUCAAGCAGCAACAAUAAGCCCAGGGAAUGCGAUAGAGCGCCACGUGUCGAGGCCACUCGGCACAGCCACCUUGUCAGCACGAACCUCAGUACACAAAUCGUCUCUCGCCGCGCGUCCUUCGCCACUGUGUAACACAGGCACCUUCUUGCAGCUGCCACGUCAGCCACGUCGGCAGCCACGUUGCAUACGUGUCGUCCGUGCGAGCAGCGCUGGGAGCUCCGACAACGCGACCAAUGAUGCGAGCUCAGAAGGCUCCAGUUUUUUCGAAUGGCUGAAGCUUCCAGCCCUGGACGGACUGUUCGGAAAGAAGGGAGAGACGGAGGUGAAGGCGAGCUCGGAGGUUGAGAGUGAGGAAGCUUCGGAAGAGAAUGUGCCAGAGCAGGAGCCAGAAUUGGUCAAGGAAGAGCCCCCCGAGGAGCUGGACGUGGUGAUCAUCGGAGCAGGGCUGGCAGGGCUGCGAGCAGCACUAGCGCUACAGGAGGCAGGGGUGGCGUGUGUGGUGCUGGAGGCUUCAGACGGCGUGGGGGGACGCGUGCGCACUGAUGAAGUGGAUGGGUUCUUGCUGGACAGAGGCUUCCAGAUCUUCCUCUCAGCCUACCCCGAGGCACAGCAGGUGAUGGACUACGAGGCGUUGGACCUCAGGCCCUUCUACUCGGGCGCUCUCGUGUGGUUUGGGGGCUCCUUCCACAGGGUGGCAGACCCCUUCCGCCACACCUCAGACGGCCUUUCUUCCCUCUUCAACCCCAUUGGCUCUGUCUUUGACAAACUGCGUGUGGGGUUGCUGCGCCUGAAAGCCGUCUCCACGCCCGUGGACGGCAUUCUCUCUUCGCCGGAGACCAGCAUCGAGGAGGCACUGAAGAAGCAAGGGUUCUCCAACGAGAUGAUCGAUCGGUUCUUCCGUCCCUUUCUCGGAGGGAUCUUUUUCGACAACGAGCUCAGCACUUCCUCUAGGUUGAUGGAGUUUGUCCUUCGCAUGCUCGCCCUGGCACCCAACACCCUCCCCUCGGCCGGAAUCGGAGCCCUCGCCUCUCACCUCGCCUCUCGCCUCCCCUCCGAUUCCAUCCGCCUCAACUCCCCCGUCUCCUCCAUCUCCCCUGCUGUUCCCACCGACGAAGCCGAUAGCAAAGGUUCGGAAGCUGGUUCGGGUGUGCCGAGCCUGCUGACGAUGCAGGAUGGGAAGAGAAUUUUGGCCAAGGGAGGGGUGAUAGUGGCAGUGGAACAGCCAGUGGCUCAGAGGUUGCUUCUUGGGGAGGGAGGUAGCAACAGCAGCAGCGGCGGCUCCAGCAGCAGCGUUGACGCAGCUAGCAACUCUUCUGCUACAGCCUGUCAAGAGCCCCGCAGCACAGUCUGUCUCUACUUUGCCUCAGACUCCCCGGCCCCUGUUGCCGAGCCCAUCCUCUUUUUGAACGGCUCUGGUAGCGGCAUUGUCAACAAUCUCUGCUUCCCCAGUGUAGUGUCUCCUUCUUAUGCUCCCCCGGACAAGACACUGGUGUCUGUGUCCCUUGUUGGUGCCUACCAGGACCGCACCGAAGCUGAACUCGAGGCUCGGGUGUUAUCGCUUCCGGAACAUACAGGAGUUUUGCUGCCUGGAGGCUACGUCAUCGUGGACCCACGAAGUGCUGAGGUGGCACAGAUUGCGGAAUUCGUGGUCACGGACAUGAAUGCCAAGAUGGACGCGGCUGUGCAUCUAGAAAUCGUCAACGCAGCGGAAAAGCACGCCUCGAGCGGUCACACUUCCUCGGGUUACAAUUCCAAAAGUUUCAGCUACGACGUUGUUUUCACCGCUACCACCACCACCCACGACACACACCCACACUCCCCGAGCCGUAAAGCGAGCGUCGCCGAGCGGUGGUCGAAACUGGUUACCAGCCAGUACGAAGCUGUGGUGCUGAAAUCGUUACAAGGUUCGCUAGCGGUCAGCUCUGUAGUGAGAUUAUCAAGUCAAGCACCGGUGUACAUACCCUUUGAGGAGGAGGUUAUCAGCUACAGUACGGCUGCGAGAGGGGACUCUAUGCGGGACAAUGACACUGUGACGGGGUGCAGUGAUGGAGACGUUAUGGAAACGACACUAUAG